AUGGCCGAAAGUGUCGCUGUUUUUGGCCGCACAUCUGCCAACCUUGCUGCCACUCAUCGCAACCGUUCCAUGCACUUCCCCUGCGCCCUCAGGACACCGCAGCAGUCUAAUUCGCAUCCCACGCGGCUCUCUCGCAAGGCGAAAUUCCAAUCAUCCAGCAACAGCGACUAUUCAGAGAGCGAAGAAAUCGAAUACUGUCGAUAUGAUACUGAUCUGACAGAGCCUGAGGACGAGGCAGAUUUACCAUGCGAUUCUAGCGAUGCGGCCUUGCUAUUCGCCGACAAUGAAUACACCCGGAGUACUAUAUCCAGCAACUUUAUAACUUUGAUGAGACGGUCUACACGCAGGAAGACUAUGGCAAAGGCACCACCGCUCUUCUCGACCGCAUUGAACAGAAAUGGUCCCAGUCAGUCUGACUCGCAUCAGGGUGCUCUGAUAACACAGUCAGGAUCUAGGAUCUGGGAUCUGGCCACAAUUUCCCACCCGGCAUCAACUAUACAUCAUGGAUUCACGGUGUGGGAGAAUUAUUUAUUGUACUACUAA